CCAACCUCGAAGUUAUCCACUGCUGCGAGCUCUUGUGCACAACGAAGUCUACACGUAGUCCACACCUCUAGCGCAGCCCAAGUUUUUUCGAGCGUCAAAAGACUUCAAUAUCGGCGACCUUAACAGCUUCGUAGCUGUCAAAAUGAGCGACAAAAUCACGACGAGACGCGAGCCUCCAGACCUGGCUGCGCUCCUGCGCAAGCGGAAGGCUGAAGAAGAGCUUGCUGCAAAGCCGCGUUUCAUAUCAAAGAAGGAGCGAGAGCGGCUGGAGGCAGAGAAACAAGCCAAGGAGGAGGAAGAUCGCAAGCUCAAGGAAGAGUCGCGGCCAAGGGACAACCAGGCCAACGGCAACCAAACUGUAGAUGGCAUGCACAGAUCCCGACAGCUUUCCCGACAAAGCAUACCAACGGGGCCAAAAGCGAUGCGCAACGGAGCGAAUAACGAAGAUGUGCUAAAAUCCUCGAACGGCGGUGGGAACCGCCAAAACGGAAGACGCGGCCCAAGCAACAACGAAGACGAUGAGCGCAAAAGCAAGAUGGAGAGAAACGACGAGGCAGAACUUCGCGCUCGAUAUAUGGGCCCAGUAGUGAACCAGUCCACAUUCUCGGCAAAGAAGAAGCGGAGGAGAACAGCAGCAAACAAGUUCAACUUCGAGUGGGAUGCCGACGACGAUACGAGCCGACCGUUUGACCCCAUUUACGCCGAGCGGGUCGAACCGCUUAUCCGGCUCGGAGGCUACGAGAUGACAGAUGAGCUAGCCAGGCGGAAGGCCGAUGCCAUUCGGCGCGGCGACCCGGUGACGGGAGAGCAGCGCGCCAGAGAGUACAUGGACCAGCACGAGCGGGCUAAGAAGCAAGGGGAGCGCAAGAACUUGGGCAAGCACUGGUCCGAAAAGAGUUUGGACGACAUGAAGGAGCGCGAUUGGCGCAUCUUCAAGGAAAACUUUGGCAUCUCUACUAAGGGCGGCUCUAUCCCCAACCCCAUGCGGAGCUGGGAAGAGUCCAAGAUAUCGCAACGUCUUCUCCGAGUUGUCGCCGAUGUUGGCUACGAAGAGCCAUCGCCUAUUCAGAGGGCUGCUAUCCCGAUUGCUCUCCAGGCGCGAGACCUAAUCGGUGUCGCCGUUACUGGUUCCGGAAAAACGGCCGCCUUUCUGUUGCCUCUGCUUGAAUAUAUCACUGAACUGCCCGCCCUUUCCGAAUACAACAAGAACGAUGGGCCUUACGCCCUCAUACUUGCCCCUACUCGAGAACUGGUGCAGCAGAUCGAAUCCGAGGCGCGAAAGUUUGCCACCCCUCUGGGGUUCACCGUUGUCAGCAUCGUCGGUGGGCACUCGCUAGAAGAGCAGGCCUUUGCCCUGAGGAACGGAGCGGAGAUUAUCGUUGCGACACCUGGUCGUCUUGUGGAUUGUCUUGAGCGUCGACUGCUUGUCUUUACCCAGUGCUGCUACGUUAUUAUGGAUGAAGCAGAUCGCAUGAUUGACCAGGGCUUUGAGGAGCCUCUCACCAAGAUCCUCGACGCCCUUCCGGUAACCAACGAGAAGCCGGAUACGGAUGACGCAGAGAACCCACAACUUAUGAGCCGGUACCUGGGUGGGAAGGAUCGCUACCGGCAGACGAUGAUGUAUACCGCCACUAUGCCGCCUCUGGUAGAGAGAAUUGCCAAGAAGUAUCUGCGACGCCCGGCGAUUGUUACCAUCGGUAAUGCGGGAGAGGCGGUGGAUACCGUUGAGCAGCGGGUUGAGUUUGUCACGGGAGAAGACAAGCGGAAGAAGAGGCUCAACGAGAUUCUCCACUCAGGCCAGUUCAAACCGCCCAUCAUUGUUUUUGUCAACAUCAAGCGAAACUGCGACAUGAUUGCCCGCGACAUCAAGGGCAUGGGAUUUUCGGCCGUCACCCUACACGGAAGCAAGACACAGGAGCAGCGUGAGGCGGCGCUGUUGUCGCUGCGAAACGGCCAGAUUGACAUCCUAGUCGCCACCGAUCUCGCUGGACGUGGUAUUGAUGUUCCGGACGUGUCCCUGGUCGUGAAUUUCAACAUGGCCAUGAGCAUCGAGUCUUAUACACAUCGUAUUGGACGUACAGGUCGUGCAGGCAAGAGCGGUGUUGCCAUCACGUUCCUGGGCCCUGAAGACAAUGACGUGCUGUACGACUUGCGGCAGAUCAUUUCGAAGUCUUCGAUAUCUAAGGUGCCAGAAGAGCUGCGCCGACACGAGGCUGCGCAGUCAAAACCACAGCGCGGGCAGAAGAAGCUUGAGGACAGCGGAGGUUUUGGCGGGAAAGGCGGAAACUGGCAAUGAGCAUGUACUUGUCAUGAUGUGCGUUGAUAUUAAAUAUGCUUUAUGCUACUAUGAAUCAACCUGGAAUAUACCAAAAUUUAGGCCUCAAGCCCAAGUCUUGAUUCUUUGGGAAUACUUGAGAGAGAUGGAUGUAAUUCAGUGUUCAAUUGUGAAACUUGGGUGUCCUCAAGAGCUUUUGUCGGUGGUAAUUACGGAUACCUUACCUACCUGUGGUAUCCAGGAUACCCCCGUGCCACAGCAUAUAAAGGGAACAAAGGAUAAACAGUGUAAUAUACAGAAAGGGAGAAUAGUAAAAUCCUCAUGCUGCCUUAUUUGAAC